AUGGUAUCUAACAAGCACGACGAUUUUUCUGAGGAUGACUUCAGUGACCAGGAAGAUGGGAUCCUGUUACAAAAGAAGAAAGUAGUAAGAGAUGCUUUCUCCAAGGAGGACAGUGAUGUUGAAGAAGGAAUUUCCGAUGAGGAAGCUGAUGUGGCAGAGCAGCCACACAGUGAGGAUAAGGAAGAGUCCGCUGAGGCUCAAUUGGAACAAAACAAAGCGGAACAAACGAAUGAACAACAAGCUGGUGUUGCUGAGCCAGUGUCCGAAGAGAAGAGGAAGCAAUCUAAGAUUGACAAGAUCAUUCAAAGAAAAGCAGGCCAAAAACUUAAGCAUAAGACAGGUGUGGUGUAUUUGUCUAGGAUACCACCAUACAUGAAGCCGGCCAAGAUGAGGCAGAUUUUGAGCAGGUUUGGUGAAAUAGACAGGUUGUUCUUGAAACGUGAAGAUGAGGCCAAGCACAAGCAGAGAACGCGUGGUGGUGGUAACAAGAAGAUCAUGUAUGAAGAGGGCUGGGCGGAGUUUAUCCGUAAAAGAGACGCCAAAUUAUGUGCAGAGACCUUAAAUGGUAACAUUAUUGGUGGUAAGAAAGGUUCGUUUUACCACGACGAUAUUCUCAACGUGAAGUAUCUUCCGGGAUUCAAGUGGGCCGACUUAACAGAGCAGAUCGCCAGAGAAAACGAUGUCAGACAAGCCAAGCUUGAGUUGGAAAUUUCGCAAUCGAACAAGCUGAACGCCGAGUACAUCCGCAACGUGGAGCAGAGCAAGAUGCUGCAGAACAUGAGGAAACGGAAGGACCACGAGGACCGCGACCAAGACGCAAGAAGACAGUUCAAGCAGCACAAGGUCUCAACCAACAGAGCCGACGCUCCGUCCAGCAUCAAGAACAAGUCCGAAACCUCAGUCAAGGACGUCCUAUCAUCACUGCUAUGA